AUGCCAGGAGGGGGAGCAGCAGGAGGGGCAGGCGGAGGAGGGGGAGAGGGAGAGGGAGAGGGUGGAGAGGGAGAGGAGGGGGAUCCGGAGGAGUGGCAGACGGUGGGGCCGAAGCAGCGGGCGGCAGUGACGAGGACCCAUGCGGUGCAGUCGUCCUGUCUGAGCGAGAUAUUCGGCGGGCAACUGAGGAGUGAAGUGCGGUCAGCAGGCAGCAAGCCAUCAGCCACGGUGCAGCCCUUCUCCCUGCUGCAGCUGGACAUAGCAUCGGAUCGAAUCAGAUCCGUGGAGGAGGCGCUUAAAGCCUUUGCUGCACCGGAGGUGGUGGAGGGGUAUCGACCCAGCAACGCCAAGCCCAACCAGACUGUCCUAGCAUCCAAGACGGUCAAGAUAUCCGCCCUGCCCCACGUGCUGGUGCUGCACCUCAUGCGAUUCUCCUUCAGCCACUCCACCGCUGGCAGCGUCAAGAUUCACAAACCCGUCUCAUUUCCCCUCUCCCUCACUCUCUCCCGGGACCUCCUCUUCUCCUCCUCUCCGUCUGUCGAGGAACGACGGUACUCCCUUUUUGCAACAGUAGUGCACCAAGGGAGAGACCCUUCCUCGGGCCAUUACACUGCCGAUGUUCGCCAGCCGGACGGAUCCUGGCUUAGAUUUGACGACGCACGAGUUUUGUCUGUUCCUGCCAAGCGGGUGCUACAGGAGCAGGCGUAUCUGCUGCUGUACCAGAGGGAAGCAGCGCUGGCUUUCCUCUUCCUCAGCCAAGUCGCAGGCUCUCUCUUACCUUUUCCCUUGCCGAUUCCUGUUCCUGGUGUCGGCUCGGGUGGUACCGUAUGCACGUGGAAGCAAUUCGUUGGGGAGAUGAAGCAACUGCGGAAAGCUUUAGCGAAACGGCCGAGGAAGUACCGAGUCAUGGCUCUCGUACUGAAACGAGCGAUUAAGGAGCUUGAGGGCGACACAUCAGCACCUGGAGUUCCAACAGCCACAUUUCUUAUCCCCACCAACCGUGGGAUUCCACCAGCCGUGCCCACUGACUCCAACACGCCUACUACCGAUCACUCGAACCAGCACAGACUGUUAACAGCCCGCCCGAUACCUACCAUCCGCAUUGACCCCCCUCUCGCAAUGUCUCCUGCGUCAAUCCCUAGUCACCAGCCGACGUCCUCGGUAAUAGCAGACCCAGAGCUUGCGGGAAGAGUUCAGCAAAUGACGGCCAGCGUGGCGGACCAGAUUGUGAAGGACUCCGCGAUUCGUGCGAGCUACGCGGAGAUGCGAUUGGUUGUACUGGAGAAAUCGCUGGGGUCUGUCAAAGACCAAGCAGCUUCGAUGCUGGAAAGAAUGCAACUUAAAGCCGACGUUAAGACCAAGCAGUUGCAGCAGAAGUUGGUGGAGAAGAAGAAGCAGGCUGAGGAGCUGGAGGCCAGACUGAAGACACUUGAAGCACAGUCCGCAGCAGCUGCACCAGCUGGAGGCGCUACUACUACCCUUCCUCUUGCCACCGCCACCACCACCGCCGCUGCCACUGUUGCUUCCGCCAUCCCGGUCGCCUCACUAUCCACCCGGCCUGCACCGUCCCCAAUCAAGCUGCUUCAUUCCAGUAGCUUUGGAGCAACAGGCACGUCUGGCUUGGCCCUGCGCCUCCCUUCCUUCUACUCCCUCGGAGCCCCGCUUUCCCCGACCGGACGGGGAGGCUCGGCGCUUGGUUCGGGGGCCGGCAGGCUCGGGGCGGGGGUUCCUGGUUUGGGAGGGGGAGGAGGAGGCAUGGGUGUGGGAGGAGGCAUGGGCAGAGGGCACAAAAUGGUAAUCCAUAAUAACAGCCUCAAAGUAUCAACUGACAUCACAUCCUCUAACGUCUCUUCCCCCAUGCUGGGUCAGGGUGUGAGAGAGGGUGUAAGAGACGGACAGGGGGCAGGUAGAGGGAUGGGUCAUGGGAUGGGGCCUAGCAUGGGUGCUAUGGGUCCUCCUGGGUUGGGGUCUGGGCUGGGCCAUGCAGGUAGGGGAGGGGGCAGCGGAGGGUCAUUGACAUUAGGGUUUGGUCGAGGGGGGAUUACUCCUGCUGUGGCUGCUCUCUCCGGAAUGCCGACCACUCCUGCUGAUCCUUGUGAGGCGUUUCCAAGCAGUCGCAGUGAUGGCAAUGCGAGCGGCAGUGGUGGAUUCGGUGGAGAUUCUUCGACGCGGGUUGCUCUGUUUACCUCUCAGGACGACGGGUGGGCAGGCAGGGAUGGAUCGGGCCAGUACGGUUCUGGUUCUGGUGGUGCUGGUGGUACUGGUGGUAUUGGUGCUGGUGGUGGUGAGGCUUGGCUGGGAGAUGGAGCAGUGACAGUGCCUGUGGAAGCUAUAGACAACACCACUUACCUGACUUGGGCUGCUCAACGCCAGCACACUCGCAGCUACAGCCUGCAUCUCGUAGGCAGCGGCGUGCCUCCCCCUCCUCCCUCUCCCCUUCCUCCUCCUCUUCUCCCACCUCCUCUUCCCCCCUCUCCCCUUCUUCCUACGAGCUCUAUCCAAUGGCCUUCUGCAACGAUCCCUUCCUCUGGCACGUCUGGUACUAUUCCUGCUGCCACUCCUGCUGCUUCUUCUGCUGCCGUUUCUGGUGUUCGGGCAGCAGCAGUGGCUGCAGGCGCGAGGGUUCUAGGCUCCUCCGCGACCCUUCUUCCCGGGGGGGGUAAAUCCGGCCCCUCGUCCCCUGCUGUGAUUCCCCACCCCUGCGCUCUCGGGUUUGUGACUGUAGACGACGCCCCUCUGGACGCUUUCAAUCCCCCUCCUCCCCAGCAGCAGGUGCCGUCCCCGAAUCCAGUUCCUCCCCACCCUCACGCGCUUGGCUUUGACUCUGCUGUCGACGCCACUCGGAAAACACUGGAGCAGUCGUUUCAGAGGGAAAGAAUGGCUCAAAGCGAGGCCUUUCAACGAGAGACGCUUCAAGGAGAAGGGGAGGGUUAUGCGAGGGAAACGGCGUUCGAAUCCGAAGUGGGGUUUGAUGGGCAAACAGCGUCUCGGACGGGGGGGUUUCAGAGGGAGGGUGCUCUCCCUCCUCCCCCCCGCCUGCUUGGCUCUGUGCUUGUAGCUGAUGCUUCGCUGACGGCAGCAGCGAGUGGGGCGGGGGAUGCUGGCUGUGGUGCUGCUACUGCGGCGGUUGGGAGUGCUGUUAAAGCACCAAGGAAAACCCUUAAGGAAUCAAGCCAGGUGAAAGCACAGGCCUCUACGGAGGAGGAUGAGGAGGAGCGUGAGAAGGGUGUGGAGGGUGAGGAGGGAAAGGAGAUGGAUCCAGCUGAACUGCUUCUUGCGGCUGCUGCAGUGCAGGGUUUGGCUGGAGAGGAGGAGAAUGGAGGGGAGAGAGAGGAGGAGGGAGAGUGUGGAAGGGAGGGGGACGGAGAGGGUGAGCAUGGGGAUGCGAAUGAGGUGGAGAGUGAGGAGGAUGAGGGGCGGGAGGAUGAGGAGGAGGAGGAAGAGGAGGAGGAAGAGGAGGAAGAGGAGGAGGAAGAGGAGGAAGAGGAGGGGGACGAGGAGGGAGGGGAGGAGGAUGAACAAGUGGGUUAUGGAGACAGUGAGGAGGGAGAAGAGGGAGUGGGCGAGAGAGAAGAGGGAGAGGAGAGAGAAGAGGGUGGGGGACCAGAAUUCGCGACAGAGGAGGAGACAAGCAAACAGGAGAAGCAAGGUGGUGAACUGCUGGAACUGCUGCUGAUGGGUGUUGCUGAGAUAAGCAAACAGGAGACGGAGAAGAAGGAGGAGGAAAAGCAGGAGAAGGAGGAGGGGAAGGAGGCGAAGGAGGGGAAACAGUCUAGGUGGCGACACCAGAGACGGAAGCAGAAAAGCUCAGCAGUAGCGAGACCGGAAGCUGACAUGAGUCACAUGACAACCGCAGCAGGAGAAGCCGGUGCAGCUGAACCGAGAAAGGCAGAAGUCAGAGGCUUGAAAGGGCAAGCAGCAGAAGCUGGAGCAGCUGUGGGAGCAUCAUCAGCUGCUGCAGCCCACAAGGGAAGUGAGGAGAGAGGAAUUGAGGAAGAGGCCUCAGGAGGACACGGGGCAGUCAGGCGAGAACCUGUGAAGCGGGCUGUGCAGAGGAAACGCACAGACACGGCAGGGGGGGUUGGUGACAGCAACAAGGUGGGGGGGGUUGGUGACAGCGGUUCAAAGGCACCUCAGAACAAGAUGGCGCAGGAAAAGACGCAACAGGCUGGGGGUAUCGGAGAUGGUAAGUUAGGGGUUUCUCGGGAGCACAAGGUGGGGCGCUUUUCGGCAAAACGAGUUUCGAGCCCCUCAGAUGGCCAGGGUGAUGCUGGUUACCACACUGGUGUUACCAGUGGUGGUAAUGCUAACCCAAAGAUUAAAAGCCCGAGCCAGGGCAGGGGAACACGAGGGGGGAGGGUGGGGGCAGGGAUUGACCGGGUCAAGGCAGGAAGGGGGAGGGGACGGGGGAAAGGACGGGGUGGUGGUGAGGGUGGUGUUGAUGGUGCUGCUGCUGGUGCUGUGGCUGGUGCUGCCGAGGUGACGAGUCUAAAACAGAUGGGGAAGUCUAGUGCUUUGACUGAAUCAGCACCUGUGGACAUUACAAGAGGUGAUUCACGAGGAGAGAAAAUGGGGGGUAAACGAAUGACUGCUGGUUCCAAAAGGAAGAGGGGCGGGAUGGUUUCAAAGGAGACUGGCAUGCAGGAGGGCAAAGAGGUGACGGCAGUGGUGCGGACUUUUGAGGCACCUCGAAAAACGCAGGAGGAGGAGGAGAGGGAGGCUAUGGUGCUGCAGAUCUUGCGUGGUCAGGGAAGCAUCAAAGGGAAAGGGAGUGUGGUGAAGCGGCAGGUGAGUGUAUCGAGUAUGGAAAAGUGUGCAGCGAAGGGGGAAAAGAGUGCGAUUGGGAAGAAACGAGGCAGAGGCAGUGAAGGGGAGGCAGAAGGAGAGGUAAAGGGGGUGGCAGAUGGGAAGGAGAUGGUGAAAGAUGCGGAGUUGCCAGGGGAGGAAAUGGAGGAAGGGGAGGAAAGGGAGGGAAUGGAGGAGAGGGAGGAAGGGGAGGAAGUGGAGGAGAGGGCGAAAGGGGAGCCUGAAGGUGUUAUUAAGCAGAAAGGGGAUAAGAAGGAGGUCGGAGAAAAGGGGAGACAGCAGCUGGGGCAAGGUUUAGGGCUAGGGACAGGGCAUGGGGAGAGGCAUGGGGAGGGGUCUGGUGAGCAGCAAGGGGAAGGGGAUACGCCUGCAGCAAAGAAGCAGAAAGUAGGGGUGGAGGCAGCGAGAGGAGUUUCAUCUGGGGAAGGAACUGUUCUUCUAGGAGUGGGGAAGCGGGGGACGGAGCGGGGAGGAGGGCAGAAACUGAAGGAGUGGCAGGGGUGGGAGCGUCAGAUGGGCGAAUGUCGUUAG